AUGGCUGUGGCAAUGGCUGUGACAAUGGCUACGGCUUGGUUUCACAACGCUGGCAGCAUCUGGCAGCUGUGGGCCCUGGUUAUCUCUCUCCAGAAACCCGGCUCUUUGAGUAAAAUGGGUGACGGGAUAUCUCCGGAACUUAAGGCCCAAACCGCUGCAAGCCUUGUCUUACUGGCUCCUCCGCAGGAAGUCGAGGAUGUUGUAAAAGCCGUUAGGACUAUCGUUGGGGACUGCAAACCCUUCGAAAAGAAUCUGAGGAAAGUUUUGCUUCAGUACGCGAAGGAGCAAACGGUUCAGGUUGCACUCCCGGGAUGUCCUGUCAAGACAUUGAUUACUGAGCAGGGAGAUCUCCAAAAUGGACGUUUCCUUUGUCCCAGAACUCACAACUCGUUUACCUUUGACCCUCUUACUUUUGCUGUGGAUGAUGUCAGUCCCACGGCGCCCAAUGAUAAAGAAGGCGGUAGUGUUGAGCUAGAGCCAUGGCGGAGGGCAAUUGAGGAUAUGCUUACAACCUACAUUGCUGAGAAGUUUCCGACUGGGGCUGUUUCAGUUUUUGCUCCUUCCUCGGAAAAACCUAUGAUCUACAUAUAUAUCGAGGGUAACAUUCGGAAGCAAUUUUCGAGCGGACGUUGGAGGUCUUCGUGGGUAAUUGAGUUCCCAAAGAACUAUAAAGGGAGUUCUUUGAAUGUCACCGGAGACGUUAAAGUACAGACUCACAUCUUCGAGCAGGGUAAUGUUCAACUCAUGUCAAGCAAAAAGAAUGCCUUUGAAGUCACCGCCACGUCGCCCGAGGCAUUCGCCGCCGAUGUUGCUGCGAAGAUUGCCGAAUUCGACACAGAAUACCAGUUCGACUUUCUCUACGGCUAUGACUGCUGGGAUAUGCGCGUGGAAGAUGAAGGACUGCUUGAGGAUCGUCUUUCCAGUUAA